AUGCCCUGGCCAUUGAUAGCUGUUUCCAAGUCGCGACAAGAAUACUCGUCGCUGGCUUCGGAGGGACAUGGAGAUGAUCUCUCUACAGCUUCAGACAUCCCUAGAACAAAAGGCACAAGCUGGUCCAGCAGAAUUCUCCUGACUUUUCUCGCUACGACACUUGCUACCAAUGUAUUGCUCAUGUGGGCGACGCUUCGUCUCUACGAGCAAUCACGCAAUACAAUCAACUUGAAAGGGGAAGCUCAGACGCCGUUCCCAUCUUUUCCUGACGAGACAAGAACCUUCAAGGAGGAUUUGCGAUAUAUUGUGAGGCCUUCGAAUCAGAGCGAUAGCGAUUGGGAAGAUCUUGGUGGCCCCGAGAGCGAACACAGGGGGUUUAUCUGGAUCGACAACUACACUGACUACGGAUUGCAUGCUGCCGAGGCUGUAGGGAGGCGCGGGCUUUUCGGAGUCAGCGUACUCCAUCAGCUUCACUGUUUGGGAGCGAUUCGAAAAAUGUUCUGGAAUGUCGUCGAAGGUAAAAUCGACGCGGCUGAACUCCUAGCAGAGUAUCCCGAAGACACGGGCAAUCCGUCUUUUACCGCCAUGACGCACGGGCUGUGGCACGUCUCGCACUGCUUUGACUACGUUCGACAAGCACUCAUGUGUCGACCGGAUCUUACUCUCGAAGGCCCCGUCCACGUCAACGGGAGGCUUCUGGUCGUGGGCUGGGAAAGUCCUCACCAGUGCCAGAGCUGGGACACGAUUUGGAAAUAUUUUGAAGAGCAUUCCGUAGCCACAUUCUAG